AUCUGACCGCAGAAUCGUCAUUAGUAAAGUGGCUACUGUAUAGCAAGCAUCUACGACUUGUUCCGACUACAAAUCUCAACUACCGGUUGUUGUUAUUAUUAUUAGUUUAUUAAGAGAGUGUGUGUGUUGCUUGCGAUUGAUCUUGUGUUUUAAAGACAAAAUGCGUUUUGGCUCAGUGGUGUGGUUGUUACCACUUUUUUUCGCCUUGGCAGCGGCACAAAUUGGAUUCCAGAAUGUAUUUAACUUACCGAAGAAUGUGGGAAAUACUGUUAAGGAGACCGUGUCAGGCGCUUUCAAAACAGAGAAUUACGGCGAAUUUUUCAAAACAUAUGGUAAAGCCGCUUGGAGCGAGGCAGAGAAAAAAGUGCACGAAGCAGAAUAUCUACUAAGUCAACAGUUAGUAGAUUUGACUAAUGCCGGCAAAAAAGGUUAUACAUUGGGGAUGAACGCUUUUGCCGCUGUAACAAAUGCAGAAUUCUUGAAGUUUUUCACCGGUAACAGUAAAUCAGCAACUGGCGAAUCAAAAGCCAGCGCAGAUCGUGAGGAAGCCGCACCACCCACCACCAAAGUGCCGGACGCCUUUGAUUGGCGUACCAAGGGUGGUGUUACACCGGUGAAAUUUCAAGAUGAAUGCGGUUCAUGUUGGGCCUUUGCCACCACUGGUGCCAUUGAGGGUCACGUCUUCCGUAGCACUAAAAAAUUACCAAAUCUCUCUGAACAAAAUCUCAUUGAUUGCGGUCCACUCGAUUAUGGACUAAAUGGUUGUGAUGGCGGUUAUCAGGAGUACGCAUUCGCCUUUAUUAAGGAUCAACAGAAGGGUGUGCAAAACAGCGCUAGCUAUGCAUAUGCGAAUAAGCAGGAUAAGUGUAAAUACAAUGCGGCCAACAAGGCAGCCGAAAUCAAAGGAUUCGCCGUAAUCAAACCGAAAGAUGAGAAAACUAUGAAGGCAGUUCUCGCCACAUGGGGACCAUUGGCAUGUUCGGUGUAUGCCCCGAAAUCAUUAUUGCUUUACAAGGAGGGCACCUAUGCAGAUGAGGAGUGCAACAAGGGUGAGGUGAAUCAUGCGGUGCUUGUUGUUGGCUAUGGAAGUGAGAAUGGUAAAGAGCAUUGGAUUGUUAAGAACUCAUGGGGCAAGGAGUGGGGCGAGGGUGGUUACUUCAGACUGCCACUCGGUAGCAAUUAUUGCGGCAUUGCCUUAGAAUGCAGUUAUCCAAUUGUUUAAAUUGUACGAAGGAUUAUUCAUUGUAAUAUUAUUUGAAGAAAGUUAAAUUUUUAAUAAAAAAAUAACGCUGUAAAUAAUUUUUAUGUUAUAUCAUAUGCUAUUGUAUUUACUUAAAACGAGUUGUACAAAUUUCAAAUAAAAAAAAAUAUUUUAAACUAAUGCGAAA